AUGGACUUCUUUACUAGGGAUAUAAAUGAGGACUCUAUGCUUAGAUGUCCAUUCUUGAGGAACAUCAAUGAGCCUACUAACUUCUCAUUCUCUACACCUUUGGCUUUACCAAUGCCUGUUCGUGGAGCUAAAGGUCCAAUUUUUGAAGAUGGCCCGAAUUUUGAUUUGGCAUUUAGGCUUUUCCACGGAAGUGACGGUGUAGUACCCUUAUCUGACAGAUCUUUUCGGCAUUCAGAGAAGAAAGUACAGGCAGAGCCUCCCAAAUCCCAAUUCAAUCCUUUAGCUGCAAAGGCAGCAACUAUUAGUUUGUCAUCAUUUGGAUUUGGUGGGCCUUUCAGUUUUGAUUCAUUUUCUGAAAAGUGGAACAACCAGAAAAGAAAAUCCAGAUCAUCAAAGAACGAACCAUCUUCACAGGAUGGUUCAAAGCAUGAGGCAGGCAAUGAUUGGUUGCAAAAUGGGAACUGCCCAAUUGCAAAGUCAUAUCGUGCAGUUAGUAACGUCCUUCCACUUGUUGCAAAGGUUAUUCAGCCUCCUCCAGGCAUGAAAUACAAGUGCCCACCAGCAGUAGUCGCAGCGCGGGCGGCUAUAGCACGCACUGCAUUUGCUAAGAACCUCCGCCCUCAGUCCCUGCCUACAAAGGUUCUUGUGAUUGGGAUGCUGGGCAUGGCGGCUAAUGUUCCCUUGGGUAUAUGGAGAGAACAUACCAAGAAAUUUUCACCAGCAUGGUUUGCUGCAGUCCAUGCAGCUGUUCCAUUCAUAGCAAUGCUAAGGAAAUCUGUCUUGAUGCCUAAAUCAGCUAUGGCAUUUACUAUUGCCGCAUCAGUGUUAGGUCAAGUAAUUGGUUCCAGGGCUGAGAGGUACAGGCUGAAGGCAGUUGCUGCUUCCAAGGAGUCUAUACCAGAAACCUCUGAUGUUGGUUCUCUCCAGUUACCAGUGUCCAAAACAAAAGACAAACACUGCGGUGAUGCUGUAGACUGGAAUGGAGUUUCUCUGCAGCUGGCAGCAACUUCAUCAACUGAUGUAUUCUGCUGA